CCCUCCGUGCCCUCCGUCCUCUCGGUGCCUUGUGUGCCCUCCGUGCUCUCGGCCCCCUUCGUGCCUUGUGUGCCCUCCGUGCCCUCCGCCCCCUCCGUGCCCUCAAUCCCCUCCGUGCCCUCGGUCCUCUCCGUGCCUUGUGUGCCCUCCGUGCCCUCGGUCCUCUCCGUGCCUUGUGUGCCCUCCGUGCCCUCGGCCCUCUCCGUGCCCUCGGCCCUGUCCGUGCCCUCGGCCCCCUCCGUGCCCUCCACCCCCUCCGUGCCCUCCAUCCCCUCCGUGCCUUCCGUCCUCUCCGUGCCUUGUGUGCCCUCCGACCCCUCCGUGCCCUCCAUCCCCUCCGUGCCUUGUGUGCCCUCCGUCCCCUCCGUGCCCUCGGUCCUCUCCGUGCCUUGUGUGCCCUCCAUGCCCUCGGUCUCCUCCGUGCCCUCGGCCCUCUCCGUGCCUUGUGUGCCCUCCGUGCUCUGUGUGCCCUCCGUGCCCUCGGCCCCCUCCGUGCUCUGUGUGCCCUCCGUGCCCUCGGCCCCCUCCGUGCUCUGUGUGCCCUCCGUGCCCUCGGUCCCCUCCGUGCUCUGUGUGCCCUCCGUGCCCUCCGUCCCCUCCGUGCUCUGUGUGCACUCCGUGCCCUCGGUCCCCUCCGUGCUCUGUGUGCCCUCCGUGCCCUCCGUCCCCUCCGUGCUCUGUGUGCCCUCCAUGCUCUGUGUGCCCUCCGUGCCCUCGGUCCCCUCCAUGCACUCCAUGCCGUCAGUGCCCUCCGUGCCCUAGGUCCCCGUGCCGUCGGUGCCCUCCGUGCCCUCGGUCCCCUCGGUGCCCUCCACCCCCUCGGUGCCCUCUGCCCCCUCAAUGCCCUCUGCC